UUGGGAAUGUUUUUAUCUCAUGAAUUGUUGGCAACGGGGCAAAACGCAUCGCAUAAUGGGACCCCCUUGACGAACCCCUUCGGCCGAAAACAAAUAUCGGCCGCAAUUGCUUCAACAGAAUUGUAUCGAAUUCGUCGUUCCUCGACCCAAAAUUUCCAGUGUCACGUCGUUGAUUCAGUUUGGUUCUUAACAUACGUAGAUAUGGCAACAGCAGUAGAAGGAAAGCAAGAGUCGGCAAAGGACACAAAGUUGAAAAAAGCUUUUGACUUGAAGUCUUUUUUGAAGGACUUGGCAGCAGGAGGUGUAGCCGGAGCAAUUUCUAAGACGGCGGUGGCCCCUAUUGAAAGAGUGAAGUUGUUACUUCAAGUGCAGUACUCUAACCCACAAAUCCCUGAAGAGAAACGAUACAAAGGCAUAAUUGACUGUUUUAGAAGAGUUCCAAAGGAACAAGGGUUCAUCUCUUUCUGGAGAGGGAAUAUGGCGAACGUCAUCCGUUACUUCCCCACACAGGCCCUUAACUUUGCCUUCAAGGAUAAAUACAAGUCCAUCUUCUUAGAAGGAGUUGACAAAAACAAACAGUUUUGGAGGUAUUUCGUUGGAAAUCUGGCAGCAGGUGGUGCAGCAGGUGGAACUUCUUUGUUCGUGGUGUAUCCUUUGGACUUUGCUCGUACGCGACUUGCUGCUGAUAUUGGUAGAGGCGAAGGUCGUUUAUACACUGGCCUACUGGAUUGUUGUAUCAAGACUGCCAAAUCAGACGGAGUUAUUGGUCUUUAUCGAGGGUUUGGUGUUUCUUUAGGUGGUAUUAUUGUCUAUCGCGCAGCCUUCUUUGGUUUAUUCGACACUGCAAAGCCUCUACUGUUGACUGGCAAAUUAGAAAACAAUAUAUUCUUGUCUUGGGCUAUUGCUCAAACAGUUACAACGACUGCAGGUAUCAUUUCCUAUCCGUUUGACACGGUUCGUCGAAGAAUGAUGAUGCAGUCUGGUUUACCUGCGGAGAAGAGGUUAUAUAAGAAUACUUUUGACUGUUGGAUAAAGACUGCCAAAAAUGAAGGUUCAACUGCCUUUUUCAAGGGUGCACUUUCCAAUGUUAUUCGUGGAACGGGUGGUGCCAUUGUGCUAGUAUUGUAUGAUGAGUUUAAGAGGUUGCUAUAUUAAUUCAAAAGGGCUUCUCUAAUCAGCAAUGUAAUGCAUUAAAAAUAUCUUGGUGAUUUUUGUUUGUUUGUUUGCUUUUCUGUCUUCCUUAAAUGAGUUUUUAAUAAAGGGCGAGUUAACUUGCGCCGUUUCAUAUGU